GCUCACCACACGACAUUCCCUUCUCACUCAUCAUUCCCCCUUCCCUUCUCACUGCAUUCUCUCCUCUCCAUGUCUACUUAGUUAACCUCACUCAAGUCUUCUUAAGAAGAAAGAGUUGCUUACGACGUCGUUUGUGCAGUACUACUCUUCCUUCAAUUUAUGUUUAUGGGUCUUACUUCACUGCAAGUUUGCAUGGAUUCAUCCGAUUGGCUUCAGGGCACGAUCCACGAUGAAUCUUCGGGGCUGGAUUCAUCAUCACCAUCUGGUCAUGACAUGCUGGCAUGUUCAGGGCCAUUGAUAGAGAGGAGGCUAAGACCACCACAUGACCAACUACUCAAGUGUCCGAGGUGUGACUCAACACACACCAAAUUCUGUUACUACAACAAUUACAGCCUCUCCCAGCCAAGGUACUUUUGCAAGACAUGUCGAAGGUACUGGACCAAAGGUGGCACUCUUCGGAACAUUCCUGUCGGUGGCGGCUGCAGAAAGAACAAAAAACAGUCCAAAAAAACCACCACAAGUACUGAUCAUGAGUCAGUCAACCAAAACCCUGGACCAUCAUCUUCAUCAUCAACUCAUCAUUAUCAUCUCAACAACUGCAGUCCAACUGAUCUUCAUCUCUCAUCGUUCCCUGACGACCCAAUGCAGUUCUCACAAUUUAACAACAUGAUUGGGAACCCUAAUGUCAUGAUGGAGAGCUACAAUGGCAAUGGCAAUGGCAUGCUUGAGGACCCUAGAGGGCCUAUUGAUUUCAUGGAGAGUACUGCUAAGUUGGAAGCUAACAAUUAUGAUUUUAUGGGGAAUAAUUGUGAUCAGAUGGUUGGUGGUCAUCAAGGCCUAUUAGCACCAAAUUUUCAUGGGUAUUGUUCUACAUAUGGAAUGUCAUCGUUUGAUAAUGGGAAUGCUAGUAAUGCACUAAUGGACACAAGUCAGAGGCUCAUGCUUCCAUAUUAUUAUGCAAAUGAUCAUCAGGAUCAGAGUCAUGCAAUGGAUGUCAAGCCAAGCACCAAGGUUUUGUCCCUUGACUGGCAAGAUGCUGGAAAGGAAAGUAGUAAUAAUUAUGGUCUGAUUAACAAUCUGGAGUCAUGGACUACAGGUGGCAUGAUCAACGGUUAUGGAUCGUCCACUUCAAAUCCAUUAGUGUAAUUUUGAAGAAUGCGUUGCUCUAUAGAUAUGUUUAUAUAUGUAAUGUAGAUGGUAUGUAUGGGAGGGUUUUGGGUUAAUUUGUGUCUUUCGUUAUAUGUUCAUGUCAUCAUAUGAACAUGGUCUUUUGAUUUAAUAUUAUAAAUUUGUUAUGUGGAAUAUGUGGGGUGCUAGCUCUUUCUUGUCUGAAUUACCGAGGAAGAUAUAGUCUUGCAUGUCCUCGUGUUUUGUGAGUGGUUAAGUUGGUCUUAAAGGAGAAAAAGAAAGACGUUUUGGAAGGUAGCCG